AAUGCGUAAAAUGUAAAGAAGCUGUCACUUCUUCACUCAAUUUAUUUCCGAACGUUUCUUAUCAUGGUGCGACUUCGCUAGUUCUAAGUUUUGAUUUCUAAUUUUGUGUUUAAAAAUGUCUCUAAAAUGGACUGGAGGUCAAAGUGAGUCCGGUAUUUUAAGAAAGAGUGAAUACAAGGAGAAGAAAGAAGACCUAUUCGUGUUCGGCUACUCGUGCAAAUUGUUCAGGGACGAUGAUAAAGCCCUUCACAUUGACCAAGGCAAACACCUCAUUCCGUGGAUGGGGGAUGAAACGUUGAAAAUCGACAGGUAUGAUGCACGAGGAGCGCUGCAUGACCUGACGAGGCUGGAAGCACCUCCGGGAGGCUACGACUGGCGGGUGGAACUGACCCGGGGGGAGCUGGACGUGGAACAGCUAUGCGAUGAGGAGAGAUACAGAGCGCUGCAUACUGAUGAGGAUGAAGAGGAGAUGUAUAAAGAGGAAGAGCUGAAACGCCUUCACGCGGCAGGGUACGGGCAAGUAGGGUUUAACUACGAGGCGGCCGCUGAGCCGGCGCCGCCGCCGCAGCUGCCCGAAGUGGACGAGGAGCCGUUUGUGCCCACACCGGCGUUCCGCAAGCUGCUGCCCAGCGAUACUGUCUUUCCCGAAACAUUGAAACAGAACGCCAUAAUAGAAAAAACAGCAAAGUUCAUAGCGUCUCAAGGUGCUCAAAUGGAGAUCCUGAUCAAAGCCAAGCAGGGAGACAACCCGCAGUUCAAGUUUCUUAAUCGGGACUCGACCCUGCACCCGUACUAUACCGCACUCAUUGCGCUGGUGAAAGCUGAGAAGUGGCCUGAGAAGAAAGUUGAAGUGGUUGAAGAAAAACCACCUGAAAAUGAAGAAUACUUGCAUCCAAGUUUAGCAUCUACUGUUAUUGAGUCUGCCCCAGCAAUCCCAAGCAUCCACUACAAGCCAUCAGCCGACUGCGACUACACCAUGCUGAUCAGCAAGAUGCGGGGCGAGGGUGACGCGGAGGCGGGGGGGAGGGGGGAUGUGCCGCCGCCCGGCACCGAGCCCCCGAGGGUGUCGGGGGCCGAGAUAUAUAGAGCUCCCGUCAUGUAUAGUAAAGGACCUGAUGGAAAUCAUGGUGAGUUGGACCCUACAGCGGCUCCAGCAAACCCGCCCCCCUACCAGCAGUACGCAGCAUACUACCACCAGUACCUAGCCCAAGAACACCAGCAGAAACAGCAGCAGAAGCCGCAACCCUCGCUCAAGUCCACCGGCCUCAGUCUCAUGAAGAACUAUAAUAGUGAUUCUGAUAGUGAUGUGUCUGAUUUCGACGACAGCUCCUCAACAGACAGCAAAGACAAAUCAUCCAUCAUUACUCCCCCAGAGGACGUACAAAUCGUCAUCGACAAGAUGGCGUCAUACGUCGCACGAAAUGGCGACGAGUUCGCCGACAUUGUUCGCGCUAAAAACGACCCGAGAUUCACGUUCUUGGACCCUGGGAAUGUGUAUCAUGCGUAUUAUAAACGGUUGAUGCAGCAGAAAAGAGGUGGUGAUGUUAAUGGGAGGGAGAAGAAAAAGAGGGCUGCGGCACCCGUAUCAUUCUCCAUAAAGAAACUCAAAGAACCGGACCCGAUACUUCCAAAACCAGCUUUACCCUACGAGUCAAGUUCCGACGAGGAUUCAGAGAAACAUACAGACAAACAGACGGAAAACGAUACCAAGGAACUGCCUAAAACCUUCCCACUUACGAUUCCUAUGAACAAUGUACCACCAGUAGUUAUGUACAAGAUAGAUACAGUAAAUGAACCAAGGAUUGAAACGGUAAAACCAGUGAAAAUAGUGGCUAAACCUGUGAUUAUACAGGAUGUUAAAGAUAUACCUAUAUUGGAGGAAAAACCGGAGAUUUUGACCCCUGAAGUUCCAAUUACACCGGUCCUUGAAGAAGUUAAAGAUAUACCUUUUAAAGAAGUGCCUACUUACCCCGAAAAGAUGGAAAUAGUUGAGAAGGAAAGAGAAAAGUCUCAAAAUAAAGAGCUCCCGCAGAAUAGAGAAAGUCCUGUAAAAGUAGUAAGUCCACACAAGAGAGAUAGUUCUCAUAGCAGAGAUGUUCCCCAUAAGAGAGAUAGUCCGCACAGAGAUCACUCGCACAAGAGAAAUAGUCCCCAUAGAGCCACUUCCCAUAGCAGGGAUAGUCCCCAAAAGAGAGAUAGUCCUCUAAACAGAGAUAGUCCUUACAGGAGGAGCAGUCCCCAUAAAAGAGAAAGUCCUUAUAAGAGAGAGAAUUCCCAUAAGAGAGAAAGUCCUUACGUUAGAGAAAGGGAUAGUACCCAUAAAAGAGAUAAAAAGAAACAUAGGGAUCGUAAAAAGGAACAUAGAUCCAAGUCAGAGAGUAGGGAAUCGAGACGGAAUGAAAGACGAAGCGCAGAGAGAGAAAAGAAGAGAGAAAAAGAGAAAUUGAAGGAGAGUGAAAAAGAUAGCAAGAAGAGUAAAAUUAAUAAAGAAGAGUUGGAGAAUGAAAUCAUAUCUUUGGAAGAUAAUUCAGAUGAUUUGAUUGAUUUGACGGGUGACCAGUCGGAUUCCAAAGGUGAAGGUGAAACGGAGGUGGAGCGAGCGAAGCAACAGGAGCGUCGUCGCCGCGCGGCCGAGUUCCUGAAGAGAGUGGGCGUCGACCCCGCCGCCGCCGCGCUGCCCACCACCUCGCUAGCCAGCGCUAUGGUGGACACGCUAGAAUCUAUAAGAAAGAAGAAGGCAGAAGAAGAAGAGAAGAGACGCAGACGCGACAAGAGAAGGCAUCGAGACAGAAGAGAUUACGAGGAUGAAUCAGAAAGAGCACACAGAAAAAGUAAACGCAGAAAGUAUAAGUCAUCGGAUGAAAACGACGAAUCAGAUUACGAUGGAUCAAAGAAAAAGAAACGCAAGAAAGAAAGAAAGCACAGCUCCAAAAACAAACGCAAACGCCGCCGGGAGACAGAAGUAGACGAGGAACCACCUGCUCCCAUCAACAUAGACCUUACCAGCACUCUGAAAGAACUUCGAACUUCCUCCCCCACCAAAGAACUGGUACUCCAAGAUUUAGACGACACACAGCACAGCUUCCUCAGAGAAGAAUCUUCUGAGGAAGAAGAAGGAGAUAGGAAGAGAGAAAGGCAGUACAGUGAGGGAGAGUGGUCGAGUGAUAGUGAAGGUGAUUCAAAAUCUUCUGCUAGCAAGAAGGAUGAAUAAACAGGCUAAUUUUGAGUGUUAUCACAAA